AUGACUGCAACUGUCGUAGACCAUCCCGAUAAGCAACAAGACCAAGAACAUACUUCGAAGCAGCAUUUAUCACAACAACUGCAACCAGAACAUAAUAUUGUUGUUGCAUCGAUGGAAGGUACCGAUGACGAAGUUGCUGUUGCAGUUUCGCUUGACAUCCCCACCGAUGCAAGUCAUCAUGCUGUCGCGGAACAAGAUCUAACGAAAGAGCAACAUUAUUCCAAAAGAAUUCCGGACACUCGGAUUCUUUCGGCAAGCGCUUUACAUACAAAAGCGAAGAAAUCCCGAAGAAGGAGGGGUGGAAAAGGACGCUGGAAACCAUAUCACACAUUAUCAGUGAAGGAAAAAAUUGUCCAAGAAGAGAAGGAAGAACGAAAUGCAGUAGAAAAGCGAGAAAGAUUAUUUUCGCGCGGUAAGCCUAUGGCACCAUACAAUACGACACAGUUUCUGCUGGAAGAUCAUGAGAAGCGUACGAUGCCUCCAGAUGUCGGCGAUUCAUGUUCUGGGAUAGCUGUACAUCAACGGCAAUCUACAGGAGGUUCACCAACUCGUGAAAGAUUUGGUACGAUUGGUCAUUCAGGGUCUGAAAUGGGUGGUAAUACAACAGACAGUGCGAGUUAUUCAGGUGUAGAAGAUGAUGAGAUGGAACGACAAUUUGAUGCUGAUUAUGAUUAUGUCAAUAUGGAACGUAUUAGUAAUAUGACUAAGGAUGAAGUUGUACGAGAAUAUAUGCAUUUAGAGAAGAUUAAUGGUAAGCUGGCGGAUCGUGUGAGUUUGCUGCAGUUAGAAAAUGAUAAAUUGAAACAGCUGUUGAAGGACCAUAAUAUUUCUUACGAAAAUGUAUUACCUAAAAUACGACGGCAUAGUGGCGCAUCGGUUUCGGAAGCGGGUGAUGUGAUACGGAAAAGCCUGGAUGAAGCUGUGCUUGAUAGCGGGCAGAGGGCUGUAACUAAGUUUGGUUUAAAUAAUAAUGUAAAGGCACUUGUUGCAGAUGAACAAUCCGGGUGCAUCAAAAAGUGUGAUGUACUUAUUUUUUGUAUUACCGGUGUUAAUAUUGGCCGUGCUUGA